CUACCUGAUUGGUCUGAUGGAAACUUUUAAUGAAAAAGCAGAGGAGCUGAUGAAGAAGCUAGAGGAAAAGGCAGAUGGAAAAAAAGAGUUUAGCAUGCUGACGAUGAUGAGCCGGGUGACUUUGGAUAUCAUUGCAAAGGUAGCCUUUGGCUUGGAAUUAAACGCACUGAGUGAUGACCAGACACCUUUCCCGCAUGCUGUGACCACGAUUUUAGAGGGAAUGACCAAGACGCGCAUCCCCUUCCUGCAGUACAUGUCAGGGAAACAGAAGCUGGAGGUCAGGGAGAGCGUGAGGCUGCUGCGGCGUGUGGGGAAGGAGUGCAUUGACCAGAGGAGAGAGGCCAUCCAGAACGGGAAGGAAGUCACGCUGGAUAUUCUUACGCAGAUACUGAAAGGAGAUGCUCUGGAGGAAACUAGAGAUGAUGAAAACAUUCUGGAUAACUUUAUCACUUUCUUUGUUGCGGGUCAUGAAACCCUUGCCAAUCAGUUGUCAUUUACAGUAAUGGCACUGGGUCAGCAUCCUGAAAUCCUGGAAAGGCUUUAUGCUGAAGUGGAUGAAGUUCUUGGUGCCAAGAGAGACAUUAACCAUGAGGAUCUUAGCAAACUCACGUACUUAUCGCAGGUUUUGAAGGAAUCGCUGCGCCUCUACCCACCCGUCCCGGGGACGGUACGCCGGAUGGAGAAGGAGCGCGUCAUCAACGGUGUCAGAAUUCCUGCAAACACAUCGCUCAUUUUCAGCACUUACGUAAUGGGGAGGAUGGAAAGGUAUUUCAAGGAUCCACUCACUUUCAAUCCAGACCGAUUUAGCAAAGAUGCACCUAAGCCGUAUUACUGCUAUUUUCCAUUCUCUCUGGGCCCCCGAUCCUGCAUCGGGCAGGCGUUCGCACAGAUGGAGGCGAAAGUGGUGAUGGCAAAACUGCUGCAGAGGUUUGAAUUCCAGCUGGUACCAGGGCAGAGUUUCAAACUCUUGGAUACCGGAACCGUUAGGCCACUAGAUGGAGUGAUGUGUAAAUUAAAGCCAAGGAGCACUCCAAGAGGCUGCCAGGAGUGACUGCGCAGGAAAGGAGCGUGACACGGUAGUGGUAGCGUUUCUUCUGAUUUUGAAGAUCUUCACACUAAUCAAAGAUUAGAUUUUGCAGGCCCCUUUAGAGGGUUACUAGACUGAAUUUUUUCCUAGCCUUCCUCAUCAUUCACUGAAGAAAACCUUAGGAGAGUCA